UGUGCAAGACGUAACGCGAACUUCGAAAGCGUCCACCAACAACAUCAUGUCUUCCAAACUUAAAAUGAGUAACGGCGACUGGGUCUGCACCGAUAAGCGAUGCGGCAAUGUGAAUUUUGCCCGACGUACUUCCUGCAACCGUUGUGGAAAAGAAAAGGGAAACAUUGACAAAAUAAAGCUUACUGGAGCAGAAAUUGGGAAACAAGCCGCAGCAAAAAGUAGAGGAUUGUUUAGUGCUGAUGACUGGAUGUGUUCCAAAUGUGGUAAUGUAAACUGGGCUCGAAGAAAUGAUUGUAACAUGUGUGGACAUCCUAAAUUUGCUAAAGCUGAAGUUAGGACAGGAUAUGGUGGUGGUUUCAAUGAACGUGAAGGGGUAGAGUAUAUCCAAAGAGAAGAUUCUGAUGAUGAAUUUGAUGAGUUUGGUAGAAAAAAGAAAGGAAAGCAGGGUGCUUCUCAAGCAGUUGUUGAACAGAAACCGAAAACAGAAGAACCUAACAACAAAGAGGAGGAAGAUGAUUAUUACAAUGAUGAUGAUGAUGAUGAUGAUGAUGAUGAUGAUGAUGAAGAAGGCGACCUGUCAAAAUAUAACUUGGAUGAUGAGGAUGAUGAUGAUGAAGAUGGUGACUUGUCCAAGUACCAACUUGAUGAUGAUUCAGACAAUGAAAACAAGGAUAAGGGCCGGCGUUCAAGAUCAAAGUCAGGUUCUCCUCCCAGUAAGAGAAAGCGGCGUAGUGGAAGUAGUAGUUCGUCUUCCUCCUCAUCAAGAUCUAGGUCAAGAAGUAGCUCUUCACGAUCUCGUAGUCGUUCAAGGUCUCGUUCUAAGAGCUCCAGUUCAAGAUCAAGGUCUCAUUCACACUCAGGAUCUCCCAAACAAAGUCCAAGGGAGAGGAGCAGAAAGUCCAGAUCCCGAUCCAGAUCAAGAUCUAGGUCCAAAUCUCAUUGAGGUGUGACCAGGAAAGAUAGAAACUGCUGUUGUAGGUCGAUUUGUUUUCAGGGAUGUGAAACGCUGAAACCAAGAGUUUACAUGCAAGCAAGUAGCCUGGAAUUUGACUAGAGUUCUUUUGCACAAAAUGAAGCUAGUGUCCUGACUUUUUUUAAGAAAAGAUGCACAUUAUUCCAAGUGAUAUUGAAAUAAACAUCACAAACAACAUUGGCCCA